CGAGAAAUGCGGAAACAGUGAGAGAUAGGCCUAGAGUAUAUUGAGAUCAUAAUGAAUAUUGAUAUCUAAGAUAUCCAUAUUCAAUUCAAUUCAUAUCGAUAUUGAUUUACUCGUUCUGAAAAAGUCAGCACGCUGCACUAUUGACAUUCAUAGAUUAGCUGAGUCACUGUACAUGACGAUUGACGUGGUGUAGACAUUUCUUUUGGCACGUCAAAUGAACUGGAGUGGGACUGUGGCACAGCAUUUCAGCCUUCAUGCUCAGUUGCCUGUGAACACGCGAUGGAGAUGGGUACUCUGUACAGAUUGUCUCUGCCUCUGCUAUUUCUGCUGACCGCUGUUUGUUUAGUGGAAAGUGCAACAUUGGAAUUUUCUGAAACUGACUAUGAUUUCCAGCUAAAUCGUGAAGGCCAAGUGUUUUUCUCUCUGAGCCACCCACUGAAUGACUCGGCAGUUCUUUCAUUCGAGUUCGACACUCAUACUGUCAUCUCGCCGAUACCUGACUAUACAGUCGAACCAGGUGUCACUAAAUGCAACAUCACGCUACAUGGAUUGAAUGCGGGCAGGUGUGUUAUCAGUGUCAAUUCAACUUCAACAGAAUUGGAAAACCUUGAAAAUGCCUUUAUUCGCAUAACUGUUGUGCACAAUAAUGCUCUCGUCACUCUCAGUGCAGUCAUUGGCUGGAUCUACUUUGCUGCUUGGUCAGUGUCCUUCUACCCACAAAUUGUCGAGAAUUUUCGGCGAAAGAGUGUCAUUGGUCUAAACUUUGACUUUCUCUCAUUGAAUCUGACUGGUUUUAUUGCCUAUGCAGUCUUCAACGUCUGUGUGUUCUGGAUUCCUGUUAUACAGGACGAGUAUUUCGAAAAGCAUCCCUACGGUGUCCUGCCAGUCGCAAUCAACGACGUGUUCUUUGCCCUGCACGCGAUCUUUGCAACACUGGUGACCAUCCUGCAGUGUUUCAUCUACGAGAGAGGCUCACAGACAGUGUCAAGACCAUGCGUUGGAUUUCUAGUCGUGGCCUGGGCGUUUGCAAUCAUUACACUGUGUGUGGCUAUCUUCGGCAAGCUAGCCUGGUUACAGUACUUGUACUUCUUUUCCUACAUCAAGUUGGUCAUAACACUCAUCAAAUACAUGCCACAGGUGUACAUGAACUUUAAAAGGAAGAGCACGGAUGGCUGGUCAAUCGGUAAUAUCCUGCUCGACUUCACCGGAGGUUCUCUCAGCAUUUUGCAGAUGUUUCUCAUGUCGUACAACAACGAUGACUGGAGCGCCAUCUUUGGAAACCCAACUAAGUUUGGUCUGGGCAUGUUCUCGGUCCUGUUUGAUGUUCUGUUUAUAGUGCAGCACUAUAUCUUGUACAGAGGUAAGCCGGCGUACGAACCUAUCGUCGGGAAUUCCGAUAGCAGUGGAUAUGCUUGAGUCGCCAUUGACCUGGUAUCUGUAAAUACCUCACCCACCCAAUACCUACUCUGGUUGUCUGGUGUAUCGUGCUGCCAUCUAGUGGUUCGUUUAGUAGAAAUACUGUUUUGAUAUGAGUAUGCGGUGAAGGAAGCAUUCCCGAUUUGUACCUUUUCAGGCUUUUGAUCAUUAAUUUCUUUUCAAACUGGAAACUGAAAUUUAGCAAUUGGUAUUAGAUUUUGAUUCGAGGUGAAGUAUUUUGUAUUAAUUGCUGAAGCGAUGCUUUAAUUGUGUGUUUGAACUGCAUUUAGUUGCUGUGUUAACGUAUGGAAUAAUUCCAAAUAUGUCAUUUCCACCUAUGUCAAAUAAUAGAAUGCUUGAUGUAAAAAUAAUUACAUAGUACAGGGAAUCCUUGUUUAAUGCCAUUGUCAUCUUUCAGAAAGUUGUGACUUUUACUAAAAUUAUGAUAAAGGGAACAAAUUUCUCUAUAGGAUAUUUCCAUUUGACUAAAUACAUUAUAAUUUAUAUUGCAAGGUUAAUAUGGUAAUAAGGUAUAAUAUGUUGUAAUUAUAUAAUAAUAAACGUACGUAUUAUAAUAUAUGUUGAAUCUGCAUUAUGAGUUGGAGCUUAUUGGCAUUGGAAGGUAGAUGAAAGCAAUGUAAUAAUGCAGCAUUGUGUGAAUGUAAGCGAGUGCAUUUGCUAAUUUAUCAAUGUCUAAACGAUGCUAUCAAUGAGCAAUUUUAAACCAGGAUUUCAUGUACAUAUUUUUCACUUUACUAUAUUUUGCCAUUUUACAAAAAUCUCGAUCUGUGUAAUUAUAUAAACGAGAGAAAAAUGGUAACAAUCUUGUACAAUCAUUACUACCAAUUUUUGGCAAAGUGGGGUGACACGUUAUGUUGUUUUUCGUGUAGCGCUUGUAGCGUAAAAUUUCUGUGCGCUGUGGUUUGUUCCCGCGUGUUGGUGUGCGUAUGUGUUAAUUAUUAGGCGCAAUUUGCUACAAUCGCGUCCAUGUUGGAUGUCAUUCACGGCUGGUUCCGGAUGAGCGUCCUCAUGGAAGAAUGGAUGGUACAAUUGCUCGUAAUCAGGUUCAGAUGCGCCGCCAUUACCGCACGAUAGCUCACGAGCCGACAUUCUCACAGUGAUGGAAAGGGACGUAGAGUCCGCAGAGGGAAAAGAUAAUCUGGCGUUCACCAUAGCAUUAUAGAUCCCAUUGGUAAUCUUCCCAUGAUGUGCUAAACUACAUUAGCGAGACGGUAAAUAAGCCACAGGCAGGUCUGCAACUGCUCGCAAGAAUAAACCCAGCUUAAUAAGAGAACCAGCACUAUAAAAAUGCUGUAGUUAUAGUUGCAUAUCUAUUAUACUUGGCUACACUACAUCCCCCCAGGCUAUACCCGUGAUACUGUAAGUAUAUAAACACAUUAGCAAAAGUUUGCCAGGUCAAAUAUGUAAAACUAGUUUUAAUUUUGUUUUAAUCAGUUAAACUUACAAAGUGAUUUCAUUAUGCCAGGCUCGGAAUUAGCUAUGGUUAUUUUGCACAUCGCGAAGUUUGUGAUCUUUAAUGUAUUUUUAACGCGCACAGAUUUGUCUAGAGAUUAUUAUCAUAUUUACCCAUACUUGCCAUUUAACUCGUAUCUGCAGUGAUAGGCUUUUGUUAAGUAAACAAGGCUUUUGUUGAAUUCACAAUUGAGCAAAAACAAGUAGAUUUGUUUUUAAAUGUGCAGGACUUAUUAAUGUACAUAUAUUAUACAUUCUGUAUAUUAUGCUUGUGUGUACUAGAUCUUAUAAGUCUUCGUGAAGCUGUGAUGAGUUGUCUGAUGGACCGGUCGAAACAGUUGGUUACACGAGGUUAACACGUCAGUCGAGUUAAUAUGUGAUCAUAUCAGCGAUAGGCAAAUGUAUGCAAGUCGUACUAUAAAAAUGACUCAUGAUUUUUUUACUUUUAUGAUAUCACGUAAAUUGUACUAAACUUAUUGCAUUCAUAAAUGUGCAACGUUCAAAGUGUGCGAGAUGUUGAUCAUUGAACUGAUUUUUGCAAAUUUAUGAUAAUAACCAAAUAUACUGUAUAUAUAUACCGUUAUUAUUUUUCAACUUUUGAUAAUAAUAUAUAAAUUGUGACGUUUUCUUGUUUUCAAAAUAUCACUUUAAGCUCAACUAUGUAAAGAAAGGAUAACAAGUGUAUUAUUUAAGAAAUUAGUUAAUUUAAUAGGGGUAAUCGCUAAUGGUUUAUUUUGAUUAAAAAUAAACAAACAUAAAAAAUGUCUAAACAUAAUGGAACAUUUGUGGAAAAAAAUUGUUAAAUAUAAUAUAUAAAUAAAGGCCUUUAUAUGAAUA